AUGAAGUCUUCCGUCCUCCCUCUGGCUGGAUUGGUGGCUGGUGUCUACGCUGUAAAGAACUGCACCGUGGCCCGCUUGACAGAGCUGCUCCCCCAAAAUGCAACUGUCUACUAUGCCAAAGACUACCCAGCUCACUACAAUUUCACUCCCCCGACUAGCCUGAACUAUGGUGCAACCUCUAACCCCAUGGGUAUCAGUGCUUACGAGCUCCCCGUCGCUGCAUGCAUUGCUCAAGCAAACAUCACCUUGCCCAACAACACCCAGCAUAGUGUUGGCUUCGUUUUGCCCGACGAUUGGAACGGUCGUUUCCUCGCAAACGGUAAUGGCGAAUUCGCUGGUUCUAUCAGCUGGGACUCCAUUAUCUCUGCUUCUUGGUAUGGCUUCGCUGUCGUUUCCUCUGAUCUCGGCCACGAGGGAAAUAACGGUAGUUUCGGAUACCAUAAUGAGCAGGCUCUCCAGAACUGGGGUCACCUUGCUCUCCACAAUGCCGUCGUGAAUGGGAAAGCUGUGACUGAAGGUUAUUAUGGGGACAAAAUAUCUUACUCGUAUUACCGCGGCUGCUCAGCUGGCGGUAAGCAGGGUUUGAAGGAGGUUGAGGAAUAUCCCGAUGACUUUGACGGUGUUAUCGCUGGUGCUCCUGCUUGGUGGACUUCCCAUCAGCAGCUGUGGAAUGUCAUCACCGCCGUCUGGAAUCUCCCCGUAACUGCAGACUACCAUGUCACAAGCGAUCAGAUGUCUGUUGUCGCUACCGAGUUACUGAAACAGUGCGAUCCCCAGGACGGCGUCAAGGACAAUAUCCUCCAGAAUCCCUUCGGCUGCGUCUUCGAUCUCACCACCCUUGUCUGCAACUCGACUUCAACCAACGAUACCUGCCUUACGUCCCCACAGAUCGGCACUGUCAACAAGUUCUUCAACCCCUGGGUUGACGCGAACGAUACAUUCAUUUUCCCUGGCUACACUCUCGGUACAGAAGUUGGCGCUCCGAGCCUCGAUUCAGCCUUGGUCACCUAUAUCCAAUACAUGCUCCAGAUCGGUGGUGACUGGACAUGGGAAGACUGGAACAGCCAAGAACUCAUCGCACUCUCCGAGAAGAUCAACCCCGGUAACGCGACCGCCGACAAUUUCGACAUCUCCCCCUUCUACAAAAAGGGCGGCAAACUGAUCCACUAUCACGGCUACUCCGACCCAAGUAUCGCAACUGGCUCCUCAUUCUAUUUCUUCAACCACGUUGUCGAGGCCCUCAAGCCUCAGAAUAUCCCUAUUGACUCGUUCUACCGCUUCUUCCCGAUCCCGGGUAUGGAACACUGCACUGCCACGCCGUCAGAUCAGAAUGCCCCGUGGUACAUUAAUGGUGAUAACCAAGGUGAUUCGUUGAGUGGUCAUCACUGGGGCGUGCCCGGGUUCAAUGAUCCCGAGCAUGACGUUGUCCUGGCUAUUAUGAACUGGGUAGAGAACGGGACUGCGCCGGAUUAUCUCAUUCCUACUAAGUGGUGGAAUGAUAAUCCUGCUGAUGGUGUGGAGAUUCAGAGGCCUAUCUGUCCUUAUCCCCAGCUCGCGCUGUACAAGGGCAGUGGUAACACUAGCCAUGCGGAGAACUGGCACUGUGGGACCUUGUAUUAA